AUGCUCAAGUACCUAUCUUUCCUAUCUUUAAUUUACACUCAUCUCAAAUGGGUCUUAGAUUUUAUCAUCUACAGCCCCUUUUGCACGCUUCAUGAUUCUGAGCCACCCAUAAACACUGGAGCAGAAUUGAGGAGAUUCCAUCAUGAGUUCAUCCCAGGCUCAGAGCAAGACGUGGAUUCUGGGGUUGGAGAAGGAGAAGAGGAGAACAGAAUGAUGAGAUAUGGGCCUGUCACCAGUUGUGGAGCUGAGGUUUUGCUGCUUCACUUUUGUUCUGCAAAAAAGGAUGACCGUGAGAGAUGGUGGCUACGCUGA